AUGCCACCCAAAGGACAGCAACGCGGCACAGCUCUCGGCGGCCCACGUCAGCCUCCAAGGGGAGGUUUUGCGCGCGAGACAUACAAAUGGUUUACCAGCUCAGAGAACAGGAGUGUGGUCACAUCACUGGCUUUCUUUGCGGGCGGUGUUGCAUUCCUGAGCAGUAGCUGGGCAGAGGUUCUGCUGCCCCCGUAA